UCCAUAAUUCUUAUUUGUUAUUGCUCGAUCAACAUUCGCAUAUUUUGGCAAACUUGAAUUGUUUACAAAAUGCAGGAAAAUAAAUAUAGUGAUUUAAUGAAGAAAAUAGAAUUGGAGGAAUUGAUUAUGAACAUCGACGUGGAUUCUUACAUUCAACUGCUGGCCAUUUAUCUUUAUCAGGACAAAAUAGCUGAUGCGAAAUUUUUAUGGAAAAGAAUACCACAAGCAUUAAAAAAAGACAAUAACGAAUUAGAAAGAUUGAAUUUGGUCAUGAGCGCUCUAAUCGCUAACAAUGCCACCGAUUUUUUCAGACAAGUGGAUUAUCCUUGGCCAGGAAAUAUUAAACAUAUAAUGCAUGAUCUUUUUGAGCGAAUGCGGAGUGAUGUAUUAUCAUUAGUUGGUCAAGCUUAUAUAUCUAUUUUCGAACAUGAGCUGAUGCAACUUACCCAUUUAUCUCGAGAUGAAUUAAAACAAACCUGCCAUGCAUUAGACUGGAAAUACGAAAAUGAAGACCAAAAGGCAGUAAUUAUUCCUAAAAAACCAGCGCUAAGUACCGAAUUCACAGCAAGUUCGGAAGAUUUGUUAUUGAAAUUAACAGACUUUGUUUCAUUUUUGGAAAAUUAAAAAUUUUAAAUGCGCAAGUUAAAUUGUACCGUAUAUACUUAUUGAAUACAGAAAUACGGUCGAGUGGAUGAUGACGUAUUUAUGGUAAAUUAGGUAAAAAUAUAAAUUUUUUCAAAGUAUAAUUCGGAAACUUAGCGUUAUUAGUUUUUGUUGUUUUUUUCAUUGAAAAGAUAUACAUAAA